GGUUGCGAGAAGGUCACGUGCUUUACUGUGCCCAAUAGUGAACAGCCAAAGAGAAAAUAUGCCAUUAAUCCAAAAUGGCGGAUAAUACAGUGAUGGUAACGGCGGGUGUUGAAAAAUCAAUAAAAAUACUGAAAUGGAAAGUUAAGGAAGGUUUUACUAUAUCAAUAGGUCAAAUAAUAUUACUAUACGAUUUUGUGAAUAUUGCCAAAAGUGAACAAAAGAGAUUGAAAGCGAUAAAAGCUGGUAAAAUUAAGCGUCUCGUUGUCAGGGAAGGGGAUAUUGUUGACCCUGGUUCGGCAAUUUUAGAAAUUGAAGAAUGUACUCAUCCAACUGUGAUGAGAGAUAUGUGUGGAGAAUGUGGAGCAGAUUUACGAAAAUCUGCAAACAAUACUAUGCAAUCUACUGGAGCCUCUGUAGCUAUGGUGCAUUCGGUACCUGAUUUGAAAGUAAGUCAUGAGCUGGCCCAAAAGCUAGGUAAAGCAGACUCUGAACGAUUACUUCAGGAUAGAAAAUUGGUUCUUCUUGUUGACUUGGAUCAAACUCUGAUUCAUACUACAAACGAUAAUGUUCCUGUCAAUAUAAAGGAUGUGUACCAUUUUCAAUUAUAUGGACAACAUUCUCCUUGGUAUCACACCAGGCUAAGGCCUGGCACUCAAAAAUUUUUAAAAAAUAUGUCAGCAUUUUUUGAGCUUCACAUAUGCACAUUUGGAGCACGUAAUUAUGCACACACAAUUGCAAUGUUCUUAGAUCGAGAUGGAAAGUAUUUUAGUCAUAGAAUUUUAUCACGAGAUGAAUGCUUUAAUUCUACAACUAAAACAGCUAAUUUAAAAGCAUUAUUUCCAUGUGGUGAUAAUAUGGUAUGUAUUAUGGAUGACAGGGAGGAUGUGUGGUCUUAUGCUCCAAAUUUGAUUCAUGUUAAACCAUAUCAUUUUUUUCGUCAUACGGGUGAUAUCAAUGCGCCGCCAGGACUUGGUAAAACAGAGCAAGAUGAUGUAUUACCGGGACCUGAUCUCACAGGGUUAUCAAAAAUGGUUCGAAAUCUGGAAAGGAAACUCAAAAGUACCAAGAGCAAUGUUGGAGAACUUGAAGAAAGCUCUAGCUUAAAUGUUAAAGACAAUGAACUCUUGUUUGUUAGUUGCAAUUAUCUGUUUGAGAAUAUGUCAAUGUUUUGUUCAGUUUCUGUGUAUGGAGUAUAUCAAGAUUAA